AUGCCGUUGGUAAUAUUUGUAGGAUUUCCUUGCUCAGGGAAAACCACGUGGGCUACUGAACUCGUAAAGGAGCUAGAAAAGAGGAUCAACUCAUCAAAACAAACCCUGGAGCCGGGACAUAAUUAUACAAUAACCUAUCAUUCUGAUCAAACAUUGGGAAUAAGUCAUGAUACUUACGAAGAUUCGAACAAGGAAAAAUUGGCCAGAGGGUCUCAAAUAUCUGCAGUGAAAAGGGAUAUCUCAAAAAACAACAUUGUCAUUCUUGAUUCCAUGGCGUACAUCAAGGGAUUCCGUUAUCAAUUGUAUUGUGAAUCAAAAGGAAUGGCUACACCCCAUUGCGUUAUCCAAGUAACAGCCCCAAUUGAACAGUGUCUUGAAUGGAACGAAAAAAAGACUAAAGGGGAUCAAUGGGAUCCUGGUUUGAUGAAGCAGUUGCUGAUGAGGUACGAAGAACCUAAUAGUAACACUAGAUGGGACUCGCCAUUGUUUGAGGUUUUAUCGGGCCAUCCUGAGGAAAAGUUGCCCAUCGACGAUAUAUGGAAUGCCUUGGUUCUUAAAAAUGCGCCAACUCCUAACGCAGCUACAACGAUACAAGCGACCUCUAACAACUCUUUUCUUCAAGAGUUGGACAGGAAAACCCACGAAGUUGUCUCACAAAUUCUUCAACAGCAACAGCUUACGAAUGGUGCUGUGGCUGUGAAUGAAUACGUGGUUGAGAUCCCUACAGGCACAGUCAGUACCGCUCAACUACAAAGAAUAAGAAGAUCCUUUAUUAGUCUCAACAGAAUGAGAACAAUCGAAGUUGGUCGAAUAGUGCCUUUGUUUGUCGAAUACAUAAAUAGAACUCUAAGUAAUGAUGAGUAA